CGGGGCCGGCGGCGGCUGCGCAGCUCCGCGGGGGCUGUGGCCGGGCGUCUCCGCGGACUCGGUGGGGAGACGCCGCGGGAGGCUGUGACUUCCAGCGGACGACCCGGGCGGAGCGUGUCGGUGGCGGCCGCGGCGGCAGCAGCGGCAGCGAGGAAGGAGAGAAGAUUUUCAUCGUGGAUGCUUCUUCAGCUGCCUUGUGAUGGAAGGGAUAUAUUUUUGAAGUUAUAAUGGAUUUUACACAGCAGCAUAACGAAAACUGGCCUAAUAGCAGCAUUUCUAUUUGAAGAGAAUAGGCCUAAUUGCACAUAACCAUGACAACUUCUCAUAUGAACGGACACAUCACAGAAGAUUCUGAUAGUGAAGCAAAAAAUGUGGAUCUUGCAUCUCCUGAGGAACCUCAGAAGCACCGAGAAAUGGCUGUCGAUUGCCCUGGAGAUUUGGGCUCCAGGAUGAUGCCCAUGCGGCGGAGCGCUCAGCUGGAGCGAAUCCGGCAGCAGCAGGAGGACAUAAGGCGCAGAAGAGAGGAAGAGGGAAAGAAACAGGAAUUGGACCUUACUGCUUCCAUGAGGCUUAAGAAAUUAGCACAGAUUCCUCCAAAAACUGGAAUAGACAAUCCAAUAUUUGACACAGAAGAAGGGAUUGUUUUGGAGAGUCCUCAUUAUACUGUGAAGACACUAGAAGUGGAAGAACUAUUAACUUCCCUAAAACAUAUCCAGCAUGUUUUGGUAGACCCUCAGAGCCAAGAGGAUAUCUCUCUCAUCUUACAGCUUGUUCAAAAUACUGAUUUUCAGAAUGCAUUUAAGAUACACAACGCUGUUACAGUGUACAUGAACAAAGCCAGCCCUCCAUAUCCUCUCAUCUCCAAUGCACAAGAACUAGCACAAGAGGUUCAAAGUGUUUUAAAACCCAGUCACCACAAGGAUGGGCAGGAACUUAAUGCCUUGCUGAAUGCCCCUCACAUGCAGGCACUUCUACUAGCUCAUGAUAAGGUUGCGGAACAAGAAAUGCAACCCGAGCCUCUUGCAGAUGAAAAAAUUUAUGAAAAUGUUGGCACGUAUGGAGGGGAGACGGUUAAAAUAGUUCGCAUUGAGAAAGCUCGAGACAUUCCCUUGGGUGCUACUGUUCGUAAUGAAAUGGAUUCUGUCAUCAUUAGCCGAAUAGUCAAAGGAGGUGCUGCAGAGAAGAGUGGGCUGUUACAUGAAGGGGAUGAAGUUCUGGAGAUUAAUGGCAUUGAGAUUCGUGGAAAAGAUGUUAAUGAAGUUUUUGAUUUACUGGCUGACAUGCAUGGCACUCUGACCUUUGUAUUGAUUCCCAGUCAGCAGAGCAAGCCACCUCCUGCAAAGGAGACAGUUAUACAUGUGAAAGCACAUUUUGACUAUGAUCCUUCUGAUGACCCUUAUGUCCCCUGCCGAGAGUUAGGCCUGUCUUUUCAAAAAGGAGAUAUACUCCAUGUCAUCAGCCAAGAAGACCCAAACUGGUGGCAGGCUUACCGAGAUGGAGAUGAAGAUAACCAACCACUGGCAGGCCUUAUUCCUGGAAAAAGUUUUCAGCAACAAAGAGAAGCAAUGAAGCAAACUAUAGAAGAAGACAAGGAGCCGGAGAAAUCAGGAAAACUCUGGUGUGCAAAGAAGAACAAAAAGAAGCGGAAGAAAGUUUUAUACAAUGCAAAUAAAAAUGAUGAUUAUGAUAAUGAAGAAAUUUUAACGUAUGAGGAAAUGUCACUGUAUCAUCAACCAGCAAACAGAAAACGACCUAUUGUUCUCAUUGGCCCACAGAACUGUGGCCAAAAUGAAUUGCGGCAGAGACUUAUGAAUAAUGAAGUGGAUCGCUUUGCCUCUGCUGUUCCCCAUACAACUCGGAGCAGGCGAGAAACUGAAGUAGCUGGCAGGGAUUACCAUUUCAUUUCCCGGCAAGCAUUUGAGAAUGACAUAGCUGCAGGGAAGUUUAUCGAAUAUGGAGAAUUUGAAAAGAACCUUUAUGGUACUAGUAUAGACUCCGUGCGGCAAGUGAUCAACUCUGGCAAGAUAUGCCUUUUAAAUCUUCACACUCAGUCACUGAAGACACUACGUAAUUCUGACUUGAAGCCAUAUAUUAUAUUUGUUGCACCACCUUCACAAGAGAGAUUACGUGCUUUAUUGGCCAAAGAAGGGAAAAAUCCAAAGCCAGAAGAGUUGAGAGAAAUCAUAGAGAAGACGAGGGAGAUGGAACAGAACAAUGGUCACUACUUUGAUACAGCAAUUGUGAAUUCUGAUCUUGAUAAGGCUUAUCAAGAGUUACUUCGGUUAAUAAACAAACUUGACACAGAACCCCAGUGGGUACCCUCUACCUGGCUACGAUGAAAGAGAAUAAUUCCAGGGGACAAAUGGACUUCAGUUUAGAAAUCAUUCUAAGAUUGCGUGUAGGUCUGCCCAGUUAUUAGGUAAUAAGUGUCUGAGCUCUGGACCUCGUUGGCUGCAUCCUUUACAAGUGAAAUUAGGUAUUAUUGAAAAAAACAACAACAUUUAAAAAAAAAAAAGCCACUAAUCAGCUUGAGAGCUGAUUUAACUGUUCUAGAGGUUGUCCAAAUUUUCUUUUUCUGUGGUCCAGAAAUGGAGACCUUGUCCGUACUAAAUUCUAAAGCUUUAGAUUUUUCUAGCAACAACUUUUA